AUGAGUGAGCAAAUAAAACGUUUGAAUUGGACGAGAGAGGAAGAAAGGGAAGGUGCCUGUGUAAUGGACGCAAGACCGGGAGGUGAGGAGCAAGUCGGUGGCCAUGUCGAGCCAGCGCCCCGCGAGGAUGUGCUCUCGCGCUUCAAGGCAGAGGUCUGUGGUCUCGGGUUGGCGACCUCCGAGCACCGCGUACCUAGGCGGGUGAUCCGCAGCACCGUGGCUCACGCUGUUGGAUCAAGAGGCCGGAUGGGGAGACGGAGAAUCAGCGAACACACUGGGCCUCACGCUCUCCACAGCCAGGUUGGACUUCGCCUGGGUCCCCCUCCGACCUCCGGGCAGUGCGAGGCGGAGCAAAAGUCCUUGAGGAACGGCGAGGCCCGAUGUUGUCUUCAAAACCACGAGGGGGAGAAGAGGGCCCGCGACGCAACGACCACGGAUGGAGGCGGCGACUGCUCCAUUUUAGGUCGUGGCUAG